CUACUACUACUAAUACUACUAAUAUUACUACUACUAUUGUAAACAUUACAAUUAGUAACUAUGCAAAUGUAUGUAGAUGUAAAAAUAUAUAGAGAUGUAUUACUGAUCAUGUACAUCAUCAACAUCAUAAUGAUAAUGAUGAUCAAUUCUUUUAUUCAUAAUGAAUGACAAGUAUUAGUAUCAUUACUAUUUAAUGAAUAAUUAAUUACACAUAUAUAUAUAUAUAUACAUUUAUAUGAUAAAUGGUUAGUCAAGCAAGUAGAAUGGAAAGUAAAUUAUAUACAAGUCAUUUAAUGAAUUCCACAACAACUCCAACCAUAACAACUAAAUCAACAUUUCCAAUUAUUGAUCAAGAUGGUUAUACACGAAGUUAUUUUAAAGAAACUAUUCCAUCAGUAUUAUCAUCAACACCAUUGUUUACUUCAACUCAUCCUAGAAUUGUAUCAUCAAAAGAUAUUGGAAAUACUAAUAUUAAUAAUGUAAAUGAUAAUACUAUUGAAAUCUAUACUAAACGUACUAUUCAUAAUAAUGAUUUAGGAUCUAGAUUAUCACCAAUAAUUACAAAUAGACAAUCUAUGGAAUCAUCAUCACCAGUAGUGGAUUAUUUAUUAUUUGAUGCACCAGCAUGGAUGAGACAAUCUAAAAUAAAAAAUCAUAAAGUAAUUAGUAGUAGUAGUAGUAGUAGUACUAUGAAUAGUAAUUCAACAACAACAGCGACAGUAACAGCAGCAUCAGCAGCAGCAGUAGCGGCGAGAACACCAGUAGCGACAACAAUAUCACCAUUAUCUAAUGUAACUCAUAGUGUAAAUGAUACAAAAUCUAAUACAGAUAAUAUUACCAUUAUACAUAAAGAGAAUGUAAAAAAUAUGAAUUCUGGUAGUCGAAUAAUAAUACAAUCUGAUUUAAAUAAUAAUAAUAAUAAUGAUCAUUUUAUCCGAUCAUCAAGUCCUCGAUCGAAUGGAUCAUUUCGAUUUGUAAAAUCUGGAUCACGUAAAUUUCCAGAAAUGAAUCCAAAACUUAAUCCUCCUUCAUAUAUGCAGAAAUUCGAUGAUGUUCUGGUUGAAAAUGAAAUGAAUACUGAAUCAUUUAAAACAAUAAAAAAAUCUAAUAAAUUCAAUCCAAACAAAAAUCUUGAUCAUGUAAAUGAUGAAGAUUGGACAGUUCAUGAUGUAUCACAUAGAUUUACACCAAUUUUAUCAUCACCAAUAUCCAUGAGAACACCACCACCACCACCACCACCACCCCAAUUCCAAUCUCAAUCCCAACCUCAAUCUCAACCCCCACCACAACCAUUAACCCCAACAACAACAAAAACAACAACAACUAUACCAUUAAUUGAAAAAAUUAAUCAAUUAACUACUAUAAAUAAAUUUAAUGAAAUAAAUCAACCAAAAUAUAAAGAAAAUCUAUUUUCUGAACAUAAAUCAAUAUGGAAUAAAAUCAAUAAACCAUUAACACAAUUGAAUGAUCAAUUAAUCAAUUAUCCAAAUAAAUUAAAUUAUGAACGUAUUAUACAUAGUACACCAUGUAGUCCUACAAUGGAAAGAAGUAUAUUAAUUAAACCUAUACAUGAUCAUCAUCAUCAUCAUAAUGAUGAUGAUGUUCUAUUAAGAAAUCAUACAAAACCAAUGGGUUUACCACCACGUCCAUUAAGAUCACCCAUCAUACGUUUAAGUGGUCGUUCUAUAUCACCUAUUCAUCAUCGUAUUAUACCAAAUACAACAAAUAAUGAAUUUACUAAAUCUAAACGAAUUGAUCCAAUAACUGGUGAAAUUCAAUAUAUUACAUCUAGAACAAGAUCAUAUACAGAUUUAAAUCAUAAUCAAUUCAUUACAGAAAUAGAAGAGAAUAUACAAGGUGAAGGUGAUACAGAAGUAAGAGUAGUUAAAAGAAAAACACGUAAAAUUAAACCGAAUACUUCUAGAGAAUCACGAAGUGUGGAUAGUUCAGGAUUUGUGAAAGAUUCAAGAAGUCGUCAAUCUACAGAACAAACACAAACUGAUCAAAUUCAACGUGAUUCAAGAACUCAUCAACGUACAGAAGAAAUAAAAACUGAAAAACAUAUUGAAGAAGAGUUAAAUUAUCAAUGUUCUUCAACGAAAGUUCAACCUCAAAGAACAUCAAGUCAAAUGAACAUAAGUGGACCUAGUACAAUGACUAAAACUGCAUGGUUGUCAGAAACUAAUUUAAGGAAUAGUUCAACAUGCAAACAACCACCAAUGUAUUCAACCUAUUCAGCUCAUAAAGAAAAUAUGAGACGUAUGCAAGAACAAAGAAGAACAACAGAAGAUUGGCAAGCUUCAAAUAGACAAUUACAUGAUUCCAGAUCAGUUGGUAGUCGAGCUGUUUUAGAAGAAAUGGAAACAAUAACAUUACAACCAAUUGGUCGUGGUGUACACGAUUUAGAACCACCAACUGGUUCCAUAGCUAGAUCAGUUCGUGCUACAACACCAAGUGGUAUAUCAACAUUUCCAACAUUAAUUAAUCGACCUCAUUCAUCAGCUGGAAGAAUAGAUUUAUCAGUAACAGGAAUAAAACGAUCGAUUAGUAAAGAUAAUUAUAGUCCAAUAAGAAUGCAACGCAGUACUAUUGAUAUACCAUAUAGUCAAACAACACAAGCAUUAUUAAGUCCAUCUAUAAAUCGACGUUUAGUUGAUCAUUCAUCACGAAUAUCAAGUAUCAAUAAAAAUAUACUACCUAUUAUACAUCAUCAUCAUAAUAUGAUGUAUAAUAGUAGUCAUGGUAACAAUAAAUGGAAUUCUAUAAAUAAUCCAUCAUCAGAAUUAUUCAAUCAAACAUAUAUGAUGCAUAGAAAUUCAUAUGCCAGGCAAACACUUACACAAAAUAUUCAAGAAAUAACCCAGAAACAACAAUUAUUAUCUAAUCAACCCUAUUAUGCAAUAUCUAGUCAUCAUAAUAAGUUAGCAAAUAGAUCAUAUGCUCCUGGAUUAGAACAACAAGAUGGUUUUCGUACAAUUGCAACAACAAAUUAUCAUCGUGAAAUGCAUACAUCUGGACCACAAUCACCAUAUCUUGGAACAAUGAGACAUAAUUCACAAUAUGAAGCAACACCAAUAGUGAAUCGAUCAGUAGUUCAACAAUCUGUUAUACCAUUUUCACCAAAUGGAAGUUUAUCUGGAACGAAUAUUGGUGUUGAUAUUGUAGAUGGUGAUACAGUAGGAAUGCGUCAAGUACUUGAUACAUCUAAAUAUUGGUAUUUACCAGGAAUUUCACGUCCUGAUGUGAUUGCAUUAUUACGUGAUAAAGAACCUGGAAGUUUUGUUAUACGUAAUAGUAAUACAUAUGCUGAUAGUUUUGGUUUAGCAUUGAAAAUUCCUCCAAAUUCACCUAGAGUUAUAUCUAAUAAAGAGGAUAUUCAAUCUGAAUGGGUACGUCAUUUUCUAAUUGGUACAGUUCCAAUGCAUGAUGGUCGUGGUAAUGGAGUACAUUUACGUGGUUUCUCUAGUGAUCCAACAUUUCCAAGUUUAGCAGCAUUUGUUCAUUAUCAUAUUCAUAAACAAGGUGCAUUACCAUGUACAUUACGUCUUCCAAUAUUUACUAAUCAAACAUUAUAUAAUCAACAACAAAGAACUACAAUUAAUGAACAAACAGUUUAUGGAUUAGAACCUUCAUUACAGACAAUAUUACCAACUACUAAUACAAUGAGUACGGAUAUGCUUUAUCUUGGUUCUGUUGAAGUAGAUCGUCUUGAAAAUAUGAAUGCAGCAAUUCGUGGAAUUGGAAAAAUCAUAAGUUUAGCCCAAUCAUAUACAGAUGGUUUACCAAAACGAUGUGAAGUUCAAAUUAAAGUUAUACCACAUGAAGGUAUUACUUUUACUGAAAAAUAUAGACGUGCUGUAUGGAGAAAAACUAUUAAACCUAAUAAUUUACUUUGGUGUGGUUUAGAUCCAGAAAAUCGAGAAUUUAAUGAUGCAGAAUUACGAUCUAAAGGAAUGUAUGGUUCAAAAAUAUUUGCAUUGGUUGCACGUAAACAACGUUUCUGGUUACAUGAUAAUGUUGUUUAUGUAUUUUGUGAAAUUGAUCAUAAUCAUUCAGCUAUACAUUUAGUACGUUUUAUUAAUUCUAUAUUUCCUAAUUUAAGGGAUUAA